AUGUCCAUUGCUAGUCUGAUCUUGUCGCCAUGGACGGCGCUGGCCGCUUUUGUGUUUUACUACUUGUACCCAUAUUUCUUCACGUAUAGUCAGUUCCGAGAUAUUCCAGGUCCGCUACUGGCACGCCUCUCCAACGUCUGGCUCUUUGCAACCGCGCGACGAGGUAAACGGUUUCUGCUCGUCCACGAGGCCCACGAAAAAUAUGGUCCUGUCGUGCGCAUCCAACCAAACCACAUCAGCAUCGACAACGACGAGGCCAUCCAAGCCAUAUACGGCCACGGCAAUGGCUUCCUGAAAGCCGACUUCUAUGACGCCUUUGUCUCCAUUCGCCGCGGUCUCUUCAACACGCGCUCCCGCGCCGAACAUAGCCGCAAGCGCAAGAUUGUCUCGCACACGUUCAGCGCAAAGUCCAUUGUCGAGUUUGAGCCCUAUAUCCACCACAACCUCGAGCUCUUCGUUCAAAAGUGGGAUGAGCUCGCUACGCGCGCCGCCACGACGAGCCCCGACGGCGCCGUCCAUGUCGACUGUCUGAAUUGGUUCAACUACAUUGCCUUCGACGUUAUUGGUGACCUCGCCUUCGGCGCCCCCUUUGGCAUGCUCGAGUCGGGCGCCGACGUGGCUGAGGUGCGCGAGUCGCCUGACAGCCCGCCCGUCUACGCCGCAGCCGUCGAGAUCCUCAACCGCCGCGGCGAGGUGUGCGGCACCCUCGGCUGCAUGCCCGACCUCGUGCCCUACGCAAAGUGGCUGCCGGAUCCUUUCUUCAACAGAGGCCUGGCUGCCGUCAAGGACCUCGCCGGCAUCGCCAUUGCCCGGGUGCGCCGCCGCCUUGAUGCCCCACCGCCGCCCGACCGCAAAGACCUCCUCGCGCGCCUCAUGGAAGGUCGCGACGACAAGGGCGAGCCCCUCGGCCGCGAAGAGCUCACGGCCGAGGCUCUGACACAGCUCAUCGCCGGCUCCGACACAACCUCCAACACGUCGUGCGCCUUGCUUUACCACGUCGUCCGCACACCGGGCGUCGUCGACAAGCUCCAGGCCGAGCUCGACGCUGCCGUCCCCGCCGACGUGCCGGUGCCCACCUUUGAUCAGGUCAAGGAAUUGCCGUACCUGCAGGCUGUCAUCAACGAGACGAUGCGCUACCACUCCACCUCCGGUAUCGGGCUGCCGCGGCUCGUGCCCCUCGACUCGUCCGGCGUCGAGAUUCUCGGUCGCUUCUACCCACCAGGCACGGUGCUCAGCGUGCCGACGUACAGCGUCCAUCAUUCGAAGGAGAUCUGGGGCCCGGACGCCGACGAAUUCAGGCCGGAGCGGUGGCACAACGUCACGGAGCGCCAGAAGAACGCGUUCAUCCCGUUCAGCUACGGGCCUAGAGCCUGCAUUGGCAGAAACGUCGCCGACAUGGAGCUCAAGCUGAUCGUGGCAGCGUGGGUGAGGAGGUAUGACGUCGUUUUGCGACAGGACGUCAUGGAGACACGCGAGGGGUUCCUCAGGAAGCCAGUCGCGCUCGAAAUCGGGUUCAAGAGAAGGCAGUAG